AAUAGAGAGCCUGCGGAGCACUCUUUUGUUCAGUAGCGCUCAGCUGCUGGAGAGGUGAGCAGCACUCUGGCGCUCAUCCACUCGUCGCGGCCGCUGCCUCUGCUCGUCUCCGAAAGAAGCGCGGACACACACUGCUCCAGACAGUCACCUAUACUGCAUGCACAAGCGACACCGCGCUCUACCCGGUCUCUGCCUCCCCUACCCGACACCCAGAACUGCUUCGUUUCACACCCGCACUUGCGGGGCUUUUGCCCGUCGUUGGAUGGUUCAGCUCCCCCGUCUACCUGCACCGUAUCAGACCGACGCUCCUCUAAGGCUACAGCAUCGCUCUACAUUCCUCUGGACUGGAUCUCACUUCAUCCGAAAGGUGAAGGUGCAGCAGGAUGCAGGGCGUACUGCCUGUGUGUGGACUGCAGCCCCUGCUGGCCCUCCUUCUGCUUCAGAUUGUGGGCUGUGGCUUAACCAACGGAGACACUGUGGUGAAUAUGAGGAAGGUGACCCAUCAGACCAUAAGUGAGGAGCUGUCCAAAACCGUUCUCCUCCCCUGCCUCUUCACCCUCCGCCCCAGUUCAUCCCAUGAGCCCCCCAGAAUCAAGUGGACCAAGGUUUGGGGCCAGAGAGGCUCUGACGGCCUGCAGAAGGAACAGUCGGUCCUGGUGGCCAAAGACAAUGUGGUCAAGGUGAAGAAGGGCUUCCAGGGUCGUGUUACCCUGCCUGGUUACAAUGAGAACCGCUACAACGCCAGUCUUGCUCUGUCAGGGCUACGUUCCAGCGACUCUGGUCUGUACCGCUGUGAAGUCGUCGUGGGCAUCAAUGACGAGCAGGACACAGUACCCCUGGAGGUCACAGGCGUGGUAUUUCACUACCGGGCUCCCCACGACCGUUAUGCCCUGUCCUUCGCUGACGCCAAGAGGGUGUGUGUGGAGAACUCAGCGGCCAUUGCAACGCCAGGCCAGCUGCAGGCCACCUUCGCCGAUGGGUAUGACAACUGUGAUGCUGGCUGGCUGUCUGACCUGACAGUACGGUAUCCCAUCCAGUCGCCUCGGCCUGGUUGCUAUGGAGAUCGCGAGGACUCACCUGGAGUCCGUAACUACGGCAAUAGGUCCCCUGAUGAGCUGUUUGAUGUCUACUGCUUUGCUAAGCAGCUUCAAGGUGAAGUGUUCCACUCUGCAGUGCCGGAGAAGUUGAGCCUGGCUACAGCCUCCACCCACUGCCAUUCCCUGGGAGCGCAGCUGGCCACCGUUGGUCAACUCUACCUCGCCUGGCAGGCCGGCCUGGACCAGUGUGACCCCGGCUGGCUAGCUGAUGGCAGCGUCCGCUACCCUAUCAACGUCCCGCGCAAAAACUGCGGUGGAGACGAGCCCGGAGUGCGGACAGUGUACAACAACCCCAACCGUACUGGCUUUCCUGACACCACAGCCCUGUUCGACGCCUACUGCUACGGAGCCCACCAGCCAGCGGGGGUCCAGGCUGCGGAGGCACAGGCUUUGUAUCAGACCGCCAACCCAGCACCGGAGGCCAUCUCCUCAGUAACUGAAGCUCAGCAUAGUGCCCCUUUUUCCAAGACUUCCACCUGGACUGGCCUGGUUGACUUGGACAAUGCUGGAGUCCACUCUAUUGCUGGAAUCAACAACUCCUCUGAGAUCUCUGAAGAGCAUGUCAUCAUCCAUUUGAGGCCAGAGGAAGGCUGGGAUGAAAAACAGGAUGGACCCAGAACCAGCCAACCCAGUCAGGAGGAAUCUGAUGACCCAAAGAGCAGCAACAGCUCUGGCCUUUCUGACCCCGGGAACCUUGAGAGCCAUGGGGGUUCUGCUCAUGAAGAAGAAGAUGGUGGUUAUUUUGAAUCAUCUGACAACCCAACAUUAUCCUCUAUAGAUUCUUCCACUCCCCAGCCUCAGACUAGUAAUGGUGUGUUGGCUGAGUUUGUUAACACUCUGAUGAGGCCCUUCAGGUACUGGACCGGAGGUGAGGAGGUGGAGGGGACAGAAAAGGGACCUUCAGUGCUUAAGGAAAAGGCAGGACAGAACCAAACACAGGCAGAAGCAUCCAGUAGAAACCUGAGUAUACCAAAACCCAGUGGAAACAAGGGCAGCAUGGACAACGCCAUCAUGGAGCACAGGAGUGAUAGUUUUUCCUUCAAGGCUCCUGCCAGUGGACGACAGAGUCCAGAGGAAGGUCUGUCUGAGCGGGAGAAAGAGGUGAUGCCACUGAUUCGAUUAGUGCCUCCAGUCCAACACAUAGGGCAAAGUGACACCGUGACACAGCCAGGAGAACGAGCCUCCAGCCCUCCAUCCACUGUUAAUGAAUUCACUGCAUCAGCUCCCAACGCGAGAUCACCGCCCAUUGAACGUGUCAGCAUAUCCGGUCCUCAGGGUCCCAGAGGAGGCUCGGCCUUUGCUCCCGCACCCAGCAGCCACUUUCGGUGGGCCAUUAAGUCCAUGCGUGGCUCCAAACUAGGCCCCCCUGGAAAUGUGGCCUACGUGGGUAAACGUCCCACAUGGGAGCCUAUGGAAGCCAAAGCGGGGCCACUCGAAGUGAUGACCCUGCCUACCUCCCUUCGACAGGACAACCCAGAAAACUACUCAGGCCAGGGAAGGGACCAGGACGGAGAAGAGGCUAACACACCAUCAGCUGCCAGAUCUGCAUCAGGGGAGGAGAGGGAGAUAGAGGGGAGCGCUGAAGGGAGCAACUUUCCUGGUGGGUUUGGAUUGAAAGCCAGCAACGUGGACAGUAGUGGUGUCAAACUGAGUCCUGAAACAGAAUCUUCACUCAGCCAAAGCCAGACUGAGCUUGUGACUGUGGCAGAGCACACCACUCUGUCCCAGUGGCAGCUAGUGGACCAGCCCACCACCCCACCUCAGGGCUCCCAGGAACCAGACACAGCAGAGGAGGCCAGGGGAGAGAUCCUUUAUGUCCGCCGGCCUACUGAAAACCUCUCCUCUGCUUCUUCACGAAGAGGAGAGGGUAGUUCAAAUUCAGAUUCCACUCCAGUUUUUAGGAAGCACAGCAAAGGCACAAGCAGCAAGGAGGUGGUGACUUUCACACCUGAAACCCUAAUGGAGGUACUGACAACCUCUGAGGUGACCACAGUGGAGCUACUGACAACCAGAGACACACAGAGGACGGAUCCUACCACCGCAGCAACCAGCACAGAAAAGACCUCAAACAGCGCCACCACUGAGGAGCCGUCUAUCUCUAUAUCAUGGGUUCAGGAAGAGAGGGAGAAAACAGCAGGCACAUCCGACCUGCAGGGCCACCUCUCAGCUACUCCUGCACCCAGUGAGGGAUCUCAAACGACUACGGGUGUCAUUCAGUUGACUACUUUCGCGUCAGGCUCCAACAUUGGCGCCACAGAAAUGGAAUCCAGAUCUGCAGUGUCUGAGUCUUUUGUGGUUGGAAGUCGGUGGACACCUUUCAAAGGCAUGAGCCCAAAGUCAGAGGAACACAAAGCCUCAGUGACGACAGACAAAGACAACAAAGACAACAAAGACACAAACAACCCUUUCGGGAUUCUCGUGCCCAACUGGGCCUUUGGGUUCAUCCCAUCAGUGGAGAAUAACCCAUGCCAGACCAACCCCUGUCUCCACGGAGGGAGCUGCUUGCAGGAAGGUGACGGCUAUAGCUGCUACUGUCCUCAGGGCUUCUCUGGAGAGAGCUGCGAGAUCGACAUUGAUGACUGCCAGUCUAAUCCAUGCCAGAAUGGAGGAACCUGCAUUGAUGAGAUCAACUCCUUUGUGUGUCUCUGCCUGCCCAGCUACGGAGGAGCUACUUGUGAGAAAGAUACUGAGGGCUGCGAGCACACAUGGAGGAAGUUCCACGGCCACUGCUACAGGUACUUCAGCCGGAGACACACCUGGGAGGACGCCGAGAAGGACUGCAGGGAGCACAGCGGCCACCUGGCCAGCAUCCACAGUGCGGCUGAGCAAAACUUCAUCAGAGGUCUAAGCCAUGACAACACCUGGAUUGGGUUAAAUGAUCGUACAGUGGAGGACGACUUUCAGUGGACAGACAAGAUGGACCUGCAAUAUGAGAACUGGCGUGAAAACCAGCCAGACAACUUCUUUGCUGGAGGAGAGGACUGCGUGGUUAUGAUUGCUCAUGAGAACGGCAAAUGGAAUGACGUGCCCUGCAACUACAACCUGCCCUACGUCUGCAAGAAGGGAACAGUGCUUUGCGGAGCCCCACCCACUGUGGAUAAUGCUUUUCUGAUUGGUCGGAAGCGUUCCCACUAUGACAUCCACUCUGUAGUGCGCUACCAGUGCGCCGACGGCUUCCUGCAGCGCCACGUGCCCACUGCUAAGUGUCGUGCCAACGGCAAGUGGGACCGGCCUAAAAUCAUCUGCAUAAAAUCCCGACGAGCCCACCGUUACCGGCGCCACCACCACAAGGGCAGGAGGGAGCGCAGGAAGCACAAGAGGCACGGCCACAGAGAGGGGGGGCACCACGGAGGAGAGCUGGGCCAGGGCCACAACCACGGCCACUUCUGAACCAAAAAAAAAAAGAAAAACCCAUCCCCUUUCCUUUUCUCCUCUGCUGCCAACUGCAGUUUGCCUGUCUCCCUGUCGUCCCUUCCUCUCGCCCCGUUUCCCCAAACACUACUUCACACCUUACAGCCCAAAACUCUCUGCCCAAGCUCUCUCCCCCGCACCCACCGCCCUGCCCUUAACUCCACCCCUGGCUCUCAGAGUCAGCAUGUAUCAUAGUCAACUGUGAGGCCUGCCAAAGUGCUGCCAGGCGUCACCGGGACAAUAACAAAAUCCCUUUGUACUCUUUUUACUUUCCUUUUUCUGUUUUACUUUCAUGUCUUAAAUUGUCUGUCACCUACAAUACCCUCUUUACUCGACCCAGUUACUCAACCCUCCGAGCUCAACGAUGACCUGAAACAUGGGGCUACGCUGACCUGUUUUUGAAAAAAAAAAAAACCUUUGAGAUCCACACCGAACAUUCUUCGGAGAGAAGUGGUUUAGUACAAACUAAAAAAUAGGGACAACAUCGCUGAAAAUGCCGUAUCAAAAUCAGACGAGUCAAGGAAGACAUCCAUGUUUGUUGACUUGAGCCUUUUGUCUGUUUAACACGUUAUUUUUUACAAAUAUUAAGUGUUUUUUUCUUGACUCUGCUGCUUUUGGUUUGCUCUUUGUAAGACAUUGUGCUUGACUUAAAGCAAGUUAUUCUGAAACAGAUUUAAUUGAUUUACUUUGAAUCAGAGGCAGUUGUAAUUGAAUUAUUUGAUUGUUAGCGUUGUAUCUUCUUGUCAGUGUAAGACAGUUACUUUAGAUCAGAUGCUAAACCCCCAGAGGAAAAUGGAAGACACACCGCAUCUCAAUUCAGUUUCAUCACGUCACACAUCAGUCACUCUUCAGAUGUGUCGAACAAUCUCAGACUGCUCGUGCUGUGUCAGACAUCCACCCCUGUCGUUCUCGAGGGUUAAUCUGAACCCUUGAUGUCAGUUUUCUCAUGAUAUGUGUCGCUGUAAGAAUGUGCGCUGUGAAUUAAUGAAGGUGAUGCAGCAGGGCGAAGUUCUUCUAACUCAUCUGUUUCUGCUUUAUUUUGGAGUUUUACGUCUGAUGUGGAGAAAUUAUGCUGUCAAGCCAGGCAUGAGAGAUACAGGCAGAGACUGAGCGGGUUAUCCAUCAAGCUCCAGUAGCCCCCCCCUCCGCAAGCACAAGAUAUGACAAGUCAAUGCGCAGAGUUUUGGGUACACUGGAAAAAAACAUACAUGUCGUAAAAAAGUCUUAUUAAAAAUAAAAUUUUACAUUUAAUCUUUCAAUUUUACAUUUAAUAUUUCAAAACGUUUGCAAUUUGGGUGAGAUAUUUCUAGGUUUUUUGUGCAUUUUCCAUUUUGAAAAGGUUUGGUGUGUCUUCAUUGCACUGAUAGGGGCAACUGCUCAGUAAAACAUCCAAGUUGUGUGUUUUGGGUUUGUCGCUACAAGCAUCAUCUUUCACAUUAAAGCAACAUUUGAUUAAAUUACUUGUUAAAAUUUAAAAUUAGUUUUCUGUUGGGAAACAGGCAUGAAAACUAGCAGAGACUGAUGUUAAUGACUGUUGGAUCAUGAAUCACAGCUGUGUACACAGGGUAUGAGGAUGAAGAGACGGAAAUGUUGAGAUCUCUCUCAUCUCAGUGUGUGUGUGUGUGUCUGUGUGUUUGUAGGCUGUUUAGGUGUGUGUGUGUGUGUGUGUGUGUGUGUGUGUGUUUGUUUAUGAUUGAGGAUGUUGACAGUGGCUGAAGUCCCAGAGGAUGGUGAUAGAGAGGGUCAGUGGAGAUUAAGGCUUCCCAUUUCUGGGGCAGACUGAGUCUCGCAGCGCUCACAGCUGUUCACACCUGUGCUCGCUCCUGCCUCGUGUCCCGCUUUAAAGAGGAGGAUUGAGGCAGAUAGAACAAGCUCUUUGCUCUCUUUUCCUUCCCUUUUACUGUCGGGUUAAAUUGGUGUUUUUUAAAGCCAGCAUUUGAGGUUCGGAAUUUCUGGGAUUAUGUCCCAAACACCGACUCCAGCACUUUUAUCCUUUAUGUUUUUCCAUCUUGUUCUGCUUUUUCCUCCAUCACCUCGCACUUUAGUACUUUUCAUUUAUCUUUCUCACUGUCACAGUCUUUUUACAAUAGAAAACUAGUGGAGGAACAGCACACCUAAGUUCAUUCUAACCAGCUCUUCAUUGGUGAACGAGUACACUACGCCUUGAGCACGUCUUAUAAAAAGAACACUAAAGCAGGAUCAGCUUAUAUAAAGUCACAUGAGGGGAGAAAAUCUAUCCUGUGCACAUUAAUUCCCUGCCUUUGUUUGUCUCUUCUCACCUUGGCAAUGACAGCACUCCUCCGCACGGAGAAGAAUGGUGAACCUGCACCUCUCUAUCAGUUUAAUUAAUCUGCUGCAUGCCUAAUUAACAAGUUGCAUUAUCUGCAGAACCACGGAGCAGUGAUGACAAGGGAAGGGUUAGGUUGACGGACAUUCAGUGGAAGGUUUAGGGUGAUGGACGGGAGGCCCACAGAACUGUCACAGCCAUCAAACCCCUGUCGUUUCUUAGAUGUCAGGCUGCAACAGGCCUAUUUUUUUUCUGUCUGUGAAAAUGGAUUGAGCACCAGUGGAUGAAUGAAAGGGCAGACAGAAGCCCCUCUCACAGUAAUUACAGUUAUGUAAAGGUUCAGCUGUGUGACAGGAGUUGGAAACUUUCUUAAAAACUAAUGUGAUGAAGUGAGGAACUGAAUGUGGGCUAGAAAACAGGGAGCGUGAAGAGUUUGGCCAAAAUUUAAUUAAUGACUACAACUAGCGAGUUAAAUUACAUACAGUGAAUCAGUCUAUGUUGAGGUUGGAAGGAAAUCAUCCGUUGAAGUGAUGUUUAAUCUAAUGUUUUGUCUGUCUUUUUCUUUGCCUCUGCAGAGAUUAUUAGGUCUGCCACAAAAAUACCACCGAUGUUAAUCUUCUAUCCUUAUUGAGUUGGUAUGAAUGGAUUUUCCACUCAUAAAGUUUGAGAAGUUUGAGCAGACUUCUUUCACCAAGCGGUUGAAAUAUAAUAGACACAACAUAAAAGAUGUGUUUGUGAUGGUGAUGGUCACCCCCUGGGCUAUGUGUGUGUGUGUGUGUGUGUGUGUGUGUGUGUGUGAUAUGUGUUUGUUGCCUCUGUAAGGGGGACAGCUUGCUUUUGGCACUUCCUCUGGGAUUGGUAAGUUUUUGCUCUGUGUUUUUUGAAGGUGCCAAGCUAUCUCACAACGACACUCCCACAAUAACGCUUUUAGUUAUUGAAUUCAUCCACACGCAUUCUUCUUCACAUUUUCCUCUUCAAAUUUCAAACACAGACCCUCACUCUCAGAAGUGUCUGUCUCUCUUUGCUUUUGACUCCCCCCCCAACAGCCCUGUCCUCCCCUCAUUGGUCUUUCUACUGGAAGCCCUGAGGGGCAGGCAGACAGACAGAGACGAAUCCUUAUAAUUGUGAGUCUUAAUUAUGAAGAUGACUGACUUAACAGAGGUUGCUGCCAGCUGUCUCUUGACGCAGCAGUGAGCACCACGCCUGAGGGGAGAGCAGCGGGCAAACCAGUGAACAUCUUCACAGCCAGCAGGCCUCUUCUCAGUCUCAGCCACAUGUCCUAAUUGUGAGCAAGUCAUUCCCCUCAGUCGCAGCUCGCAGCUGAAGCCUUUUGAAUUCGGCAGAGAUUAGAUAAGAGUGGGAUUGUGGGGAGUGCGACUACAUCUCUGUGUGCUUGUAGCUGUUUUUUUUGGAGGGGUUUGUCAUUUUGCCUUAUUUGACAGUGACAGUAGAAGGAGAGGAGAAGGGGGGGUGACAUGAGGCAAAGGGUCCGGGCCGGACCUGAACCCUGGCUGCUGGGGCAAGGACUCAAGCCUUACACGCCCUACCAAGCGAGCUACCGGGGCGCCCCAGCUGUGACUGUUUGUUUGCACUCUUUCUAAACGGUAACAGCAGGAGCACAACUUGGUUAGAUUUGUUGUAUAUGUUGUGAGGAAGUGUGUCUGGUUGAAUCAGUGUGACAGGAGUGAUACAAACAAGGCAGAGGAAAUUGACUCUGGGUGUGCUUGUGUCUCAAAGGCGACGGCAGGUGGUUGCAGCAGAAUUCAGAAACAUGGAUAUAAUUUUCUUUUCACCUCAAAAAAAAACACAACACAACCAGGCACAACAAAUAAAAAUUGUCAGGGUGAGAGAAACAAAAACUUAAAGGGGAUUAAAGAACUCUCACCUUAUAUCCAAGCAUGAAAUUAAAUAUAAUAGAACAACAACAAAAACAAGCAAAUAAAGUUAAUAUACCUGCAAUUUAGGCAUUUAAUAUUAAAUAACAAGGAGCCAUUGACAGUUCAUAAGUCCCACCCCCUUAGUAACUGUUGCUACUUGCAACUGAUUAGCUAGCUGGCUAAUUAAGCUAACAUUAGGACCAUGAGUUGAUUAGAAACUCCUCUCCUCACUCUCAGAAGCUUCCAGACUCAUUUUAAAAACAAGAGCCAUUUAAGAGUAUUAAUAAAUACAUGAUAUUAUACUCAAAGACUGAGGCUAAAGCUACAUGUCUCAGGCAAAAGGUUAGUACCCUCAGAAGUUGAAGAAGACGUGGAGAUAAAUACCUGCAAUGCUCUUAACCCUAGUAUUAUUAAGUAUAAGGAAAGAUGUAAGAUCAGGCUCUCUUACAGACUUGGACAAGCAAUACAGAAGUUACAUUUAUGCUUUAUCGUUUAUUGUUUCAGUUUUAACAUUACAAGAGAAAUGUCUGUGAAUGUAACACAUAAACUUUCUCUAAUCCAAUAUAGCAGGACAGAGCCACUAACAUUAAAACUCCGAUAUAAACUCUGAUAUAUCAUCUAGGACCAGCUGUCAAAAUACUGCAAAGGUCAGUUCUGAAUCCAUCAAGUAAUGAUACAAUAGCUGCUUGUGAUGUUUCAGGAGGACAGCAAAGUUUUAGAAAUAUAUUUGAUGAGUUUGCUUUAACACUUCACCCUCUUCAUUUAUUGUCAAGAUUUAUAGUGCGGGCCUAAUAGCAAACAGUGUGAAGAAAACUGAGCAUUGCACUGUAACCACUGUCUGUGACUGUAAACGGAUGCAUUUUAGACGCAGCAGUCGUCAGCGAUGGCAGCGUGAGAAGAGCAGUAGAGCCUGUUGUCCUCAGCCACACACAGACAGACUAUUGAUUUCAUGAUUAGGCUGUCUGUCUUGGGUUCCUAUUAAGUCUGUCGAUGGCAUUGACGGCACGAUAGCGUCGACUGACCACUGGAUGUUUUCUAAAUGACAGGAAAACAGACUGUCAUAGCUCACUGCACUCCUUUGUGUCUCUGUGAACAAGCAAGUUGUGUACUCUCCCACGUAAUUGGUUCUACUCAAAUUUCUGCAUAAUUUGCAUCAUUAUCUUUUCUUUCUUUUGUUAUUUGGAUUUCAUCAGACUUUUAAAAACUAUUUUCUUCCAGUGGACUGCUGCAUCACUCCUUCACUGUUCAGUAUCUAAUGUACAGGUACACCCCUAGUGGUAUUUCUAUGGCAUUGCGUUUCUGUCUGAUAUUGAGUUAAGACUAUUUAUCAUUGUCAAGAAAGCGGCUGUAUUCUGUUGGGAUGGAUGGAAACAUGUUACAGUGAGAGAAUGAGAAAUGAAAGUGACAAAUGCAGAACAGAAACCAAUGACAAACACUCCUCUGUGAUGUAAAUACUCUGAGGUUUUUCUUUUCCUUUUUCAAAAAUCCAUUUAAACUCUGGGUGUGUUUGUUGCUUAGCCUUUCUGGACCAUAUUCACACAGCCUCAGUGGAUCCAAAACCCAUUUCCCUCUUUCAAUUUCCCACUUCUAUUCACACACACUGCUGCAUCAGAAAGACAGAGACGCACCAGACAACACACGCUCUGCAAGAGCCGUAAGUGAGGUGAUAGUUUACCAUACAGACAAAAUGUCACUUCUUUGGCUCUGUUCCCUGCACGUCACUUCAGUCUGCAGGGAGCUAUGUGUUCAUGUCGACUGUGAACGCAUAUAACUGCAACUGUGUCCGUCUACGGCUGUGUGAAUCUUGUCCACAAGUAUUUAUUCAUAUUUAUUGAUGUAUGUUCUUAUGAAUUCCAGUCCUGUCACUGUAUUAUAUUCUUUACAAGACAAAUGAUCAUUAAAGGAAACCCUUGUUUGGAUCCGUUA